AUGCACCUUGCACAUUCCGCCAUUACAGCCAAGGCAGCUAUUUCUAUCAAUGUCUUCCCAGACUUGCCCUCACAAUCACGGCUUUUACCGAGGGUAACCUUUUACUACGAUUUCAACCUCGACCCGAAAGAAGAGAGUGAUGGCCUCUUCCGUGGAGCUCAAAAGAAGCGGUUCCAGGCCCCUAUAUUUCCAUACUUCAGACACCGGGACGAUCCUGCUUUGGAGGUCCUUGCAACUGGAAUUACCAAGCGGCCCAUUGAGCGAACCAGAGGCUCCGGCCUCAUUUACAACAUCACGGCCGGAAGUACUGAGCACCUCGCGCUAUUCAGGUACCAAGGCGAAGUGCUGUAGACCAGCCGACGAAGGCAUUCUGUCUUCUGAUUCAUAUCCAAAUCGGGUGGAGUUGUCGAUACUGCACAACCUAUCACUCGCCUCACUGAACUGGAAUAAGCAACUCAGCUUGACACCCGACAUCGAUCAUUUCGUGACAGCACCUGCUGAUCUCUUGAGCUUCUUCACUUCCAGAUGCUACGAUUGACUAGGCUAACUUCCUUCAUCAACCUAAUAACAGUUCACAAACAUAGAACAGUAUAUCACCUCAUGACAGUUACAUGUAAAGUGACUUACGUUUUGCAUUGAUCAAAUGGCUCUUCAAGUUGAUAUGAAGCAAAGUUGAGGCGUGUAUCGUCAAAGCAAAAACUCACUUGACUCCAAAGCAUUCUUGAUAUUCAAUGGAAGUAGAACCUGACAUUUGACGCAGCGACCCUUAGAAUAGAAGGGGUGUUUAGAUCUGGUUUGUGUUAGGGAACCGGGCUCGUGUCCUGAG